AUGACGCCCAAACCCAGAUUUGCCAUUCUCGACGACUACCAGGGGAUUGGGCGCGCCCAUUUCGCCCACCUCGAAGAUCGCGUGGAGAUCGCCAGCUUCCCUGAGACCCUCGACCCCCGCGACCCCGCCCAGCGGGAUGCGCUCGUCCAACGCCUGAUGCCCUUUGACGUGGUCCUGGCCAUGCGCGAGCGCACCCCGUUCAGCGCGCAGACCAUCGCCGCACUACCGAACCUGCAACUGCUGCUGACCACGGGCACCCGGAAUCUCGCGUUGGAUUUGGACGCAUUUACCCAGCGCGGCAUCCCCGUCGCGGGCACCGAGGGCCGGCCGCCCGGAGUCAAUUCCACCGUGCAGCAUACGUGGGCGCUGAUCCUGGCCCUGGCGCGGCAUGUUGCUCGGGAUGAUGCAGCGGUUAAAGCCGGGGGGUGGCAGGGGUCCCUGGUCAUGAAUCUCUCGGGAAAGCAAUUGGGCCUCUUGGGCUUGGGGAAAUUAGGCUCGCAGGUGGGUAAGAUCGCGGUGCAGGCGUUUGGCAUGAAGGUCAUCGCCUGGUCCGCCAACCUGACACAGGAGAAGGCGGAUGCGCAGGCCCAGGCCCAAGGCCUGCCCGUAGGUAGUUUCGUGGUCGCCGCCUCCAAGGCCGACUUCUUCACCCACGCCGAUGUCCUCUCGGUGCAUUGCGUCCUCUCCGAUCGCAGUCGGGGGAUAGUCGGUGCCGCCGACGUGGCGCUGAUGAAGCCCACCGCCAUCAUCAUCAACACCUCGCGGGGGCCAUUGAUUGAUGAACCCGCCCUGCUGGAUGCUUUGAAUGCCGGCCGCAUUCGAGGCGCGGCCCUCGACGUGUUUGAUCCCGAGCCCUUGCCGUUGCAGAGCCCAUGGCGCACAACGGCGUGGGGGCAGGAUGGACGGAGUGAGGUGCUCUUAUCCCCACACAUGGGGUAUGGCGAGGAGGAUCUCAUGGACGGGUGGUACCGCGAGGUCGCAGAGAAUCUGGAGCGGUGGUUGAAUGGGCAGGAGUUGCUGCGCAAGAUGAACUGA